AUGAGUGACAAUUGUGGUUGCGAAUAUUAUGGAUGUACGUGCGUCGAUUACAGUAUCGACCAAGUCACAGCAUCUAAUGACGAUUUUAUUGUAAAAAUGAAACACUUAAAAUGCCGGGUAACUCAUCUGGUUCGCAAUCAAAUGAGAAAGAGUAUGUCGGAGUUACGUGAGAGAAAUUACUCGAGUUAUUAUGGAAGCAGUAAAUCAUCAAUCAAGUCGGUAAAUAAUAAAGCAACUCAGUUGUCAUCUUUGUCGUCUGUAAAUCCACAUGAAAGUAAAUUAAUAGAUCAUACGAGUAGUCGACAAUUAACCGCAUCUUCUCAAGAAUACACCACUGAAUCUUCAAGACCUAAUUAUUCGAAUUCAACGCUCGAGAGAUCAAAAGCAGCUGGUGGUUAUCAACAACCGACAGCUCGCAUGCAGCUGGUUGGCAAUUCAACUUUAAUUGAUACUGCUAAUUCAUCAAAAGUCCCAGCUAAGAUGAGUCAUGGUUCAAAUGCAUUAAAAUCAUACGCUCCUUACAAUGUUGUUACUAUUCAUCCACCCCCGUUAUCACAAUCAUCAUCAACCCUACCACAAGUGUCAGUAUCAGAUGUCACGGCUACCAAGACUCAAUCUGUUGCUGUCGAAACACUUCCGACUAUGUUGGACUACACGGAAUUCACCCCAUCAAAUUUUGAUCAGCCCGAGAGCACGACAAUGGAUUCUUCCACUCAAGCAACAAGUCAAGUGACCACUUCAACUCAAGCUACAGAUUUAACCGACAGAGGAACAUCUACUACUAAAAUUCAAACAGAUGUAAUAACAGACACUCCGGUUUCAACAACAACAACAACAACAACAACAACUACUACUACAUCAUCUAUUCCAAAAUUUAUCAGAAUUAGUUUUGAUGUAGUAAUGUGUAUUUUAAGCUUUUUAUGUCGAAUUAAAAAAAUAAUUUUAAUGAUACUGUUGAUCGGAUUACUCUUGUGGGCGGCUGUAAUUUACGGAGCAAUACUCGGUGCAACAAUUUGUACCAGCGCUGGUGGAUAUCCUUUAUUUCAAAUAACAUUACCACCUGCUCGACCUGUUUAUUUUUAA